UGAAUUUUAUAAUGAGAAAGUUUCUCAAACAUGGCCAGCUAUGGUGUUGAAUAAGUUUUCUCUCUCUCUAUCUCCUGUAUUUUUUUUCCAUUAAAGCUAAAGCUCUUCCAACAUUGUGAAGCUGCAACACUUUUCUCCAACAAAUGAGUGAGAGAAGAACCUUUGUUGUCAUAUUCUUCUUCUGGGCUGUCCUCACAAUUGUCACACCUACUCUUAUUCUCCUGUCAGAAUCUUCAAAAAGUUCACUGGAUUGUAAUGGAUUGAAUGCGAGGAGGAUGAUGGUGGGUUCUCAGCAAGCCAGAAAGACACUGGCCCCGGCGCCGGCACCAGCACCGGCACCAUAUCCUGGUACUGUAAAUCAAUCAGACCAUGAUCAGCCUGCUUCAGGGAAGGAACUUAGAGGGACAUGGCCCCCCUUCCAUUGCCAAAAAUCUGAGCUUAAUCUAAAUGUUUAAUGUUGAUAAGAUCCGUCCCCGGCCUGCUUAGAGCCCCCCAUCACAUCUGUAUAGUACUGUCGUAGCGGAAUCGGAAUUGCAGAUACAUUUGUAAUACUUACAUUAAUUUAUAUCAGAAGUUUCUUCCAUUUGACAAGUGAAAAGCAACAGAGAGUGCAGCAAGAAAGAUUGAAUGGAGGUGGCGUCGCUGCGUACGCGGAAAUAAUCCAUGUAAACCAUAGCUAUGUUCAAGAAUGUGGUGGGUUUGUAUAAAAGUUCUAGCAUUGUUUUAACAAUGCAUAUAUAUCAGCAAAAAACUGACCUUCAAUUUGCUUCAGAAGUUCCUUCUCUGGAACAUAGUUUUCUCAAGGGUUUGGUCAAACCUUUAUGCCUAAACCAGAUGCAUAUAUUUGUUCUGGAUUAGUGUAGUUGUUUUCAAUAAGGAGAAUGGCAUUGCCAAGUUCACCAUCAAAGCUAUAAAUGAUCAUAAAACUUUGAAUAAGAUCGUCUACAUCAGGCCUCCUCUCAACACUUGCUCAACGAACGAACGAGCUUGUCGCUAUGUCUGCUGCAACUCUAAUACUGAGCCACAUUCCACAUUCUAGAGAGCGAUGACACAAAGGAUGGAUAAUACAGACUUAUAGAACACUUUUAACAUUACUGAAAUUCAAAUGAUACAAUACGACCAACACUCCGUACAAAAUUAAAAACUCAAAACAUCAUUUGACAGAAGUUAUUUUCGGAAGGGGGACUUAGCAGUCCUCUGUAACAAACAACUACUCAAAUGUUUAUUUUUGAAACAGCUCAAAGUUAAAAAGAAAAGACGGAUCUAAA